AUGGUCAAGCUUUCAAAAGCUGAAGAAUCAUUAGCCAAGCAAAAGUCUUGGGUUAAAUGGUUACGGGAAGGGGAUGUCAACACUUCUUACUUCAUUAAAUCGAUUGCUGGAUGCAGGAAUAGAAAUAGGAUUGUGUCCUUGGAAAUUGGGGAAGAUUCGGUUGAGUGGAUCAAAGCAACCUACUGGGCAAGGAAGAGCUUUUGGGAGAUUCUAAUACCUUCGAAUGCUUCUUGGGCUUGGAGGAGCAUUUUGAAACUCAGAAGGGAAGCUAGAGAGCACAUCAAAGCCAUCAUCGGAAAUGGUCAAGCAACCUAUGUUUGGCAUGAUAAUUGGCAUCCAAGAGGCCCUCUCAAGGAUAGAUAUGGAAGCCGCAUUGUGUAUGAUUCAGGGCUACAUCAUCUUGCUAAGGUUACUAAGUCCUUGACAUUUGGGGGAUGGGAUGUUAUCCAUAACUAUGUGUGCUGCCCUAAUGGUAGAAUUUGGGUUGCUUGGAAUCCUAGUUUGGUGAGGUUCAAAGUCAUACAAUCUACGGCUCAAGCCAUUCAUGGUAAGGUUGUUAUUCUGGACUCUAAUUACUUCUUUGUUUGCUCAUUUGUAUAUGGCUCCAAUGGUUCGCUAGAAAGGAAAGAAUUAUGGAGAGACUUGAUGGGUAAAGCUCAAGAUUUUGAGGAAAUACCAUGGGUAAUUAUGGGUGAUUUCAAUGCGAUGAGAUUUGGGCAUGAAAAAAUUGGGGGUUCCUAUAGGUGGAGAAGUUAUGUUUCAGACUUGAAUAAUAUGUGUAAUGAGACUAGGCUUGAGGACCUUUGGUUUAUGGGUAGCUUUUUCACUUGGAGUAAUAUGAGAAAAGGGGAGCAUAGGAUUACUACUAAGAUUGAUCGAGCUCUUGUGAAUGAAAAGUGGGGCUGUGUGUUUGGAAAAUCCCAUUUCGGUUCUUCAACUUUUGGGCUCACCAUGAAAAUUUCAUUAGCAUUGUUAGUAAGGCUUGGGAAGAAGAAGUUAGGGGUACCCCCUAUGUAUCAAUUGGUCACUAAAUUGAAGAGAGUCAAAGAAGCAUUAAAAGUGUUUAACAAGAGGGAGUUUGGGAAUAUCUCGGUAAGAGUUAUUGAAGCUAGAGAAAACCUCGUAAGGGUCCAGCAUGCUCUUGCCUUUAAUCCUCUUGAAGGGAACCUCAUUCUUGAGGAAAAAGCCAAAGCUUUUAAUUUUAAAUCUUUAAGUCGCGAUGAGGAAUCUUUAGCUAGGCAAAAAUCUAGAGUGCAAUGGCUUAGAGAGGGUGACCAGAACACAAGCUACUUCUUCAAAUGUGUGAAUGGCCGAAAGAAUAGAAAUAGAAUAACCAAGUUUAAGAGUGAUAACGACAUGGUUUUUGAAGACCCUUUGAGCAUUAAGGAGGAAAUUGUCAGCCACUUUAAAAGAGUUUUUGAGAAGCCGAUGGGUGCGAGGGACUACCGAGGUUUACAAGAACUUAUUGAACCUUGCAUCACUAGUGAUAUGGCUAAUAGGAUGACUGCUGAAGUGAUGGAUGAGGAAAUCAAGAACACUCUGUUUUCUUUGGGCAAUAACAAAGCUCUUGGACUAGAUUGUUUUUGUGCUUAUUUCUUCAAGAAAGCUUGGGAUGUGGUGGGCAAAGAUGUGACUAUGGCUAUUAAAGACUUCUUCAAAGAGGGCAAGCUUCUUAGGGAAAUUGUACUUCAAUUGCUCUUAUUCCCAGUGUGA